AUGGUUAAAAAGUGCUGCAUUCCCAACUGCAGAUUGCAGAAAGAUGAUCCUGACUGUUUAAAUUUGAAUUUCUUUCGAGUACCGAAAGAUGAGGAUUCACGAAAUGAAUGGGCUAAUAGCAUAAAAAAGUAUUUUAAGACUGAAAUAGAAUUUAAAAUAUAUUCUUAUGUUUGUGCUAUGCACUUUGAACCGUCAUGUUUCAACUAUGGAGGUUUAUCUAAAGUAGUAAGGCUUAAAAAGGGGACAUGUCCAACGAAAUUUGGAAAAGCGGAGCAAAAUAAACCAAUACAAAGUUCAUCAGAUACAAAUAAUUGUGAUUUACUUAGUAACGAAAUAGAUUUUUCCUCAAAAGUGAGUAUGGUUCCAUCAUCUACAAGUUCAACGAAUGAUGCCAGCAUCACUAAAGACCUUUAUGAAAACAAUUUUGAUACAAGACAAUUAGAUGAUUGUCAGUUACCAAACGUAGAAGAUAAUUAUAUGGAUCCAGAGCAAGUUGCGAUAGAAAGUGAUGUAAAUAGGAGUUUUUCAGAUUCAAGUAAUGUUGUUCAAAAGGGAGACAUUGAAAGAAAUACUUUUAGGAAAUCAAUAGUUAACGUAAAUUUAAAUUUAAUAGACUUAAAAAAUACUAACAUUGUACGAAGAUUAUUGGAGAAUGCACAGUCAGAGGUUAGACGUUUACGUAGACAGAGAAGAGUCCAGUCAAUGAGAUUACAUCGUGCAAAUAGAAAAGUGAAAAGUAGUAACUCGCUGAUUUUUCAUGUGAGGCAACGCAAUUUAAUAUCUGAAAAGGUUUCAGAAGUCUUAAAAGAUACCUUACCACCACAAGCAAGCGAUAUAUUAAAAUGCUUACUGAAAAAAAAAAAAACAAAAACGAUCUUUACGAUCAUUUGCUACAACAUUGCACUUUUACUCACCAAAAGCGUAUAA